AUGAACUCGAUUGUCACUUUACUGCCUGCGCUGGCCGCGUGCGCUUCCGCACUCCCUCACUCACAGAAAGACGGAGUCUGGAGUGAUCUCCGAUCCAAUAUCAAACAUGUCAUCUACCUCAUGAUGGAAAACCACUCCUUCGACAACAUCGCCGGAUACUGGGACUUUCAUCCGGACAUCGACAAUCUACGCAACGUCACCUACUGCAACGAGUACACCAACCCCAACUGGACGGUCUGGGACGAGCCGCUGGAGAUCUGCGCCGCGCCUUUCGAGACCGAGGUGCCGCUCGCCGACCCGGACCAUGAGUUCGCCGGCGUCACAUACCAGAUCUAUCGGAAAUGGGAUGCCACGAACGACGACACCCCUAACAUGGCGGGGUUCAUUGAGCGGCAGUCGGAGAAGUAUGGCGCCACGCCGGGGGAGGCGUCGUUCGUGAUUAAGGCGUACGAUGAGAGGAAGUCGGCAACGCUGGCGGAGAUUGCGAAGAAUUUCGCGUUCUGGGAUUCUUAUUUCGCGGAGCAUCCGGGGCCUACGAAUCCGAAUCGACAAUUUGCGACCUCAGGCUCGACCUGUGGAUAUCUGGAUAACAAUAACCAGGCUGCCGGGUUCUUUUACAAUGUCACCGGGACGACGUGUGCGACUUCGAUCUUUGAGGCGUUGAGUAACAAGGGCAUUAGUUGGAAGAAUGUAUAUCUGACAACCCCCGGCGAGCAUGUCGAGUACAUGAUGCUGAUAUUGUCCUAG